GACAUCACAGAGCGGGCGCGGGUUGAUGACGACAGCUCGGCGCGACGGUAACCAAUGGCUAUGGCAUUACGGUGCUUUAGGCAUCUGCACUCCCUGCUUCAUUGCUCUUCACUCGCAGUGGUGAGGCAGCUGCCACAGCCCCCGGCGCGCUGCACACCACUGCUCCUGGAUGGCUGCAGGCACUGCGCCCACCCGUUGCUGCUGGCCAGGCCGCUGGCUACCAAAAAAGCUAAAGGUAAAGGGCAGACACAAGCCAAAGUGAACAUCAGUGCUGCCUUGGUUGAGGAUAUUAUCAAUUUGGAGGAAACCAACACAGACAUGCAGGCAGUGGUAGAAGCUCUGAAAGAAGAUUUCAACAGAAAUCUCAACGUCAGAACCUCACAAGGGGCCCUUGACCACAUCAUUGUCACGACGAAAGAUGGGAAGUUUCCACUGAACCAGCUGGGGCAGAUCUCACAGAAGUCCCCUCAGCUCAUUGUAGUGAACAUGACCAGUUUUCCAGAGAGCACAGCUGCAGCUAUGAAGGCUAUAAGGGAGAGCGGAAUGAACCUGAACCCAGAAGUGGAUGGGACACUAAUUCGGGUGCCAGUUCCUAAGAGAGGAGGCAGAGGAGGAGGGCACCAUUAUCUUCAUAAUUGCUGAGGCUCCCGGGUUGCUGCGCAGUGGUUUGAUUGUUAAUGGGCACUUGGGUCAUUCUUGAAUAUGAAUUGCAGGGGAGGAAACUCCGAAACUACAAAUCCCAAUCUUAAAAAAAAAAAAAAUACUGUUUUUCCAACAAAUAUGUACAUUUUGUCACUUUCUUUUAUGGCGUUGCAGAUCAAAAGCAGACCUUCCUUUCCCAAGAGAGAUCUGUCUCAUGAGCUGCCAUUCCUCUGCAGCGGAACUGUUGCUGCUCUCGGUCCCAUUCCCCUGGCAGCUGGCACCCCGGAGCCCCACAUCCAAUUCAUUUGCAGUUUGUACAACAUGCCCAGCAGGUCUGCCCCUCAUGGGCUCCUCUCCAGUAGGACAACAGAAUUGCUCAGGGUUUCGUCCAUUACAGACAAGACGAACAGUUUCUAUCUUUAAAACCUUCUAAUGCAAAGGGGAGAAAAAUGCCCAAGUUCAGGAAGAGAGAACCCUUCGCAUCCCCAAAUUGCUUUUCUGAUUUUUCUAAAGUGUUUCAUUUUCUCCAAUCUCUAAACACGAUCACAAAAAAUUCAGGACAGAUGCAGUGAAAUCACUAAAAUGAAGGCAGGUGUGCAGAAUAAGCAAACAAAUCAGAAACUGAGAGACAAGAGUGACCAGUGCUCCUGCAGAAAUGGAAUUUUUCAGGAGGGAAAGCACAUUAGAAGUGAAAUCAAACCUAAAUAAUCUUCCCCUGCUCAUUAAAACCACUUUUUAGUUGGACUUACCAGGUGGACACCCACGCAUCGUAUUCUGCCCUACACACAUCGGUGCUUGAGAUCAUUUCAACUGAACAUUUAAAAAUGUUUGCUUGUCAGUAUUUAUUCCAUUAGUUUAGGUUUUGCAUUGCAGUUAAAACAUGCAGUGGUUUUACAGACACACGGGUUGUGUUGGUGUUUACUUCUGCUUCCUGCUAGGAUCCCCUCUGCUCCCACAGGCAUUCGCCUGUUUGUGUUGCUUGCACUGCAUAGGCAAUAUUUGUUUGUAAAAAAAGUAUUCUCUGGGGGUUUAAAAAGAAAAAAAAAAGAAAAGAAAAGCAGCCAUGGGAACACUUGUAUUGGUCGAUCUCGUGGCCGAGUUUGACCUGACCUUGUGUCUUUUAUGGUAUUGCCUCAUUUUUAGAUCCAUCUUUUUUGGACCCAUUGUGUUACACUGGAUAUUGUUUGUAAAUUAGUAAUAUUUUUACACAUGUUUUACUGAAAGCCAGAUGACUCAUUUGAAAGUU